CCUUCGGUUACUGACAGAGUGGAAUAUUGUUCAAUUUAGUGUACGCCGGAGAAAAGGAAACGAAUAAACGUAACGUUAUAUAUUGCAAUCGAGGUGAAACCGUAUGAGUUUUUUUCCAGCCAGCGGUUUAUAUCUGAUGAAGUCACGGGGCUGCGUGAGGUCAUGUGUCACUAUUACCAGCCGCAACCUGAGCUCAGCUCCUGCACCCCUGGCUCCUCCCAAGCUGAACUCUAAGCUUGCUCUCUUCCUGUAUCAGCGGUUCCAUGAUGUGGAGCAGAUGGUUUCCUGGAGCUCUUGGCUAAAGCGAUGGACUCUGAGGCGCAAGAAUGUUUACUAUGGCUACACACAGAUGCAUUAUGGGGACAACGUCGCUGCGGCCUACUACAUCCUGUGCAUGAAGGGCAGAUUCAGGUUUGCUGGGCAGUCAGAUUGGUUCCAGACCAACUACAGAGGAAAGUUCAGCUGGGACUUUAUGAAUUUCCGGGAUGUCCCAAUCGAGGAGGUGGACAUGAGCGGAACGCUGAUUAAUUAUUCGGGGUUGGACAACCUAGAGAGUCAGCAGGGCCUGCGUUCCCUCUCUCUGCGCGGCUGUCCCGAGGUGGACGACUGGUUCCUGUCCCACCUGCACAUCUUCCAGGACAGCCUGGAGGAGCUGGACCUGUCCCACUGUUCACAGAUCACCGUGGGAGGGCUGGCCUCCCUGCAUCGCCUCAGAAAGUUACGGAGACUGGGCCUCUCCUCCCUCCCCCGGCUGCAGAGCCCUGGGCUGGUGCGAAUCCUGCUGGAGGAAGUGCUGCCUCACUGUCACAUCAGCGGAGUGGAGUACAGCCAGGGCCUGGAUGAGACAGGCACUGAUACAGGCCUACAGACUGAGACUGAGAUAAACCAGCUCACUGAGGACCACACAUACACACAGGGUCCCCACAGGCAAACCCUGACACGAUGACCUGAAAAAACACACAGAUGUGCACACGCAAAAAGAAGCCAGUCCUCACAA